AUGGGAGACUCGAAAGAUGCCCUUCACGAGGACGAAGUUCAAUUUUUAUAUAAAUGGUACAGUCCAUGCAACUUCGAGAGGAAUGGUGUCGUCCGAGUCGUUCUGAUGACGUCGUCAUUGACUAACCAGGAAGUGGAGAAGGAAAACUCCGGCAGCAGAACCAUGUCUUCCAACGAGCUGGUGUAUUUGGGAGUUCUUGCCGUCUCCCUCCCUGUUGGAUUCCUCUUUCGUUACCUCAGUCCACCUGUGAAACAGGGAGCAGCUCUGCUUCUGGGCCUCCUCAUCACCGCUGCCUCCUGUCACAUCCACACCCUCCAUUCACUGGUCACUGUGAUCGGGACGUGGAUUAUCAUCAAGAGCAGCUGGCGCCAUGCUCCAGCGCUCAGUCUCAGCUGGACCUUUCUCUACCUCCUCUUUUUCCGACUGGUCACCUGGUUCGAUCUGCCCCAGCCAACACCUUUCGCCAACGCCAUCCAGUUACUUCUCACGCUCAAGGUAGACAGAAAAACCCGCAAACAGGAAAUGAAGGAUGUGCUGCAGAGGGAGGAGCACGUUAACAACUCGAUGGUGAGUGUAGCCAACGAGGUGCACAGCUUCCACGUGGAAAAGAAAAAGGACGUCAGCGCUUUUGCCAAGUCUCCUGUCAUCGGUGGUCUGUCUCAGGAGCCUUCUCUCUACGACCUUCUGUCUUAUAGUUACUGUUAUAUUGGUAUAAUGACGGGCCCGUUCUUUCGCUUCCAAACCUACAUGGACUGGUUGAGGCAGCCGGAGCCGCUGGCUCUGCCCGGCAGGGAGCCGUGUCUGCAGCGCCUGAAGCUGGUCCCGCUGUACGGCGCCCUGUUCCUGGCAGUCAACUCCGUCUUUCCGUUAGCUUACGUCCGCACAGAGGAGUUCUUGGAGGAAAACGUUUUCUACAGGUUCUUCUACAUGGUGGCAGUGUUCUUUGUGUUUAGGAUGCGCUUCUAUGCAGCGUGGUGUGGAGCUGAGGCGGGCUGCAUCAGCGCAGGUCUGGGCUGCUACCCGGAAAAGGCGCUCUCCAAACCGGGAGGAGGGCCCACUGUUAACUACAGCCCCGAUUCCACAACUGAAGAGAAAUAUGACUUCCGAACCAUCCAGAACAUCGACUGUUACAACACUGACUUCUGUGUGAAGGUCCGGCACGGCAUGCGAUACUGGAACAUGACUGUGCAGUGGUGGCUGCAUCACUACAUCUACCCCAACGCCCCGUUCAGAUCCUACACACUCAGGGCGGGCUGGACCAUGUUCAUCAGCGCCUACUGGCAUGGACUCCAUGCUGGCUACUACCUCUCCUUCCUCACCAUCCCCCUGUGCAUCGCAGCCGAGUCUGCCAUGGAGGGCUCUGUCCGAGCCAAGCUGGGUCCGCGCGGACAAAACAUCUUCGACUGGGUUCACUGGUUCCUGAAGAUGAGGGCCUACGACUACAUGUGCAUGGGCUUCGUGCUGCUGAAGGCCUCUGACACCGUCAACUACUGGACGUCCAUCUACUUCGUCAUGCACGUCAUCGCUGUGGGCUGUAUAGUGUUUGUUGCUGGGGACGUGUUUAAGGAGGACAGUCAGUUGCGUUUAACUAUCAGAGGAAUGGACAGAGAGCUACAGAGGCAAAGCUCAAUGUUAGGAACUGGUCAUCUCGGGGACCAGGAGUCACUCAGGUUGCGUCAGGUUUCAUAUGGAGUGUCCAAUCAGACCUAUCCUCAGAACAACCAGAGGGUGACCCCCGCAGAGGAGGGGGACGCUGGCAACAAUGGGCCACCUAUGGAGCUCAGGAACUUCCCAUAUCCAAUGAAACUGAAAAGAGCUGUGAGAUAUGUGGGGAUCAGCUCUGCCAACAGCACAGAGUUGCAUUGUUUUCCAACUGAGGAGCAAUGCAUGGAGUAUGAACCUAAUCCUCAAGGCUUGGUGGUGUUCUUUGAUUUAAUCCUUGACAUACUUUCAGGAACGGGUUUUAUGGAGUAUUCAUUCAUGUUUUAUGGCUACUAUAACAACACACUGGUGGAGGAUGAAAACUUCUCCUACAACGUUCCCAUUGCAUACCUCUUCACUGCCAUCUUCUACUUUGCCUUCUGUCUCAUUUGCGUCAUAAAACGCAUGGGGACUGCAGCUCGAGUUGCUGUGGCAACAGGAGGCAGCACUGUGGGUAACUACAGCAUGAUUGUGUUCACUGGAUGGGACUACGGCUGCCUGGGAGACCGAGCUACCAAACUGAAGCAGAAAAGCAUCCUCUACCGGCUGCAGGUGGAUCUGGAAGAAGAGAGCAGGAAGAAACAGGCAGCUGCUCUCACAACAUGGCAAAAAGUAGUUUUAUACACUUCGCGUGUCCUGAUGUUCUUUCUUGCUCUGGGGCUUAUUGCAGCAGCCUUCUAUGGCAUCUUUGUGGCCACCACCUUCAGCCAGACAAAGAGUGAGGAGCAAGGCUUCCUGGGUCUGUUUUUUGAGUAUCUGCCGUCCAUCGUCAUCACCACUGGAAACUUUGUGGUGCCUCUGCUGUGCGACCAAAUCGCAUUAGUAGAGAGAUAUACCCCCAGCAAUACUGUCAUUCUGGCACUACUGAGGGCAGUGUUCCUGCGCCUGGUGAGUCUGGGAGUCCUCCUCUACACCUUGUGGAGUCAGAUCACCUGUGAUGGGAACGUACAGAGUGCCAAUUGUGUGCUGUGCCAAUACAACCACGACAAUUACCCGUGCUGGGAAACUCGUGUGGGGCAGGAAAUGUACAAGCUGACGCUGUUUGACCUCCUCACCAACAUUGCUAUGCUUGUGCUGGUCGAAUUUCCACGCAGGAUGGUGGUGGACAACACUUCCUGUAAGCUGUCCCAGUGGGUGGGACGGCAGGAGUUUGUGGUUCCCUCCAACGUGCUCGGGGUGGUUUACAGUCAAACUGUGGUGUGGGCGGGGGCACUUUUUUGCCCUCUGCUGCCACUUAUAAACACCAUCAAGUUCAUCAUCAUCUUCUACUGCAAGAAGGUGGGCCAAGACAAGCAGUUCUUAGUCAAACAGAUUGCACUGAGUCAGCAACUUCAGAUGCCAGAGCAUAAUACAUGACUGAAAUGCAGGAGUGGACCAUGUCUAGUCUCUGCAACCUUCUGGACAUGAUUCAGCAUGAUGGGGCAACUGAAAACACUUUAAAAUGAUUUAUUAUUAUUUUAAUUAAAUUCAGCAUGAGUGUUAUCAUACAGAGUUGUGUUAAAGACAUUUAAACCGAAUGGCACUGAGAUUAACGUACAAUUUUGAACACAUUCAUUCUUAAGUGCCUUUUAGUAAAUAAUGUAUAAUAUGGGGAAAAUGUUUAUCCUAUUUUUUGGAGCUUUUGAUAUAUUUGAUAGGUUUAACUCAGCCUGUAAAAAUAGAUUUCUAUUAUAAAACUAUUAGUUCAAAACAAAAAACAUAUAGAAAUAAAAUGAAAUGAAUAAAACAGCUGAUUAUAUCCUUUUUAAUGACCAACACUACAAAUAAACAAUAGAUUAUACAAUAUAUUUUUUUCAGUACAAAAGGAAUAAAUGCUAUGCUAACUUCUUUUAACCUCUUUCUUUAUGUUGUAAAAUGUUGUGUUUUUUUCUUUCUAUUUUAUGUAUGGUUUGUCCUUUGCUUUUGUGCCUGUUUUUGUAUUUGUGCUUGACUGUAUAAUGAAGAAACUCAUUAUCGUAUAUUUUUGUUCGCCCCUCACAUUAUACAAUGAGAGGCAUUGUAGUGCCCUCUGCUGGUAAAGUUUUGUAACUACUCCGUUGUGGUUGGUUGUUGGUUACUUCCUGUUUGGGUCCACUGUGUUUCCUGUGGGAUACAGCUGCCCUGUAGAAGCUACCAUUUCCCAAACAGCUAGCUUUGUCAAGUAGCUGGCUGCUAAGCAGUAGCAUCGACAGUCCCCAAGGCAACAAUGAACAUCCUUCCGAAGAAGAGCUGGCAUGUCCGCAAUAAAGACAACAUCGAGCGCGUGCGGAAGGACGAAGCCAAAGCGGCAGAGGAGGAGCGCGAGGCCAAGCGUCGCGUGGAGCGUGCAGAGCAGGAGGCUCGUACAGAAUACCUGAGAAGGAAAGCCCGGGCCGCUCUCCCGUCAGCAGGAGAGAGGAAAGAUGACGACGGUAACGAUGAACCAAGUGGGACAAGUCUUGAACAUCUCAAUCUUUUUCCUCUGGAAGAGUCCUCGGAGAAGAAGGGAAAUGAGGAUUAUCUCAAGGAAAAGAAGGAAGAAAAGGAGAAGCAGGAACGAGCCAUCGGCUUACUCGUGUCUUUAGUGCCCCAGCCAGGGACUGAGGUGACCCCGUGGUACCUGAAAGGCAGCACAGAAAAAGACGAGAAGAAAGACUCAGAGAAGAAGAUGGAAAUAAAUGAAGAGGAGAAAGAGAAGAAGGAUCGCAGACUGAAGGACAGUUUGGAUCCUUUGAAAGAUAUGAAAAAAGCUUUAGGUGUAAGUUACAGAAAGGUACACAAGAGCAAGAAAAAUAAUAAAAGAGACAAAGGAGAGAAGAGCAGUGGAGAGAGCUCGAUCGAAAGGUUACGCGCUGAGCGUCUACAGAGGGAGGCUGAAGAAAGGCGGAGAGCCCAGGCUCUAAUCGACCAGAGGAGUGGCAAAAGGAAGGAGCCUGGGAGGGAAGUGGAUGACAGGGAGAGGCCCUACAACAGCGCUUACUUCCCUGAACUUGCCCGAAAGCGACAGAGGCGGGAUCGGGAGAGCUGGAGAGAUGAGAUUCUCAAAUCUUGAGCUGGUCCUGGUGCCAGACGGCUGCUCGCUGCAGUGGGUGGUUCCGGCGUACGUUUAAGCAGGACGCCGGACGGGCGACUCUGAGCAGAAGCUUUUUGUUUGUGUCGUUCCUCUGUUAAAGGAAACUCUGUCAGGGACGAUAGGGGUUGUGUUUGCCUGCCCCUUCCACUGCCCCUGCAGCGAUUUGCUCAGGAGCGCAUCAGCAGGGCAGAUGGUUGCCUUCACAGGGGGUUUUGGGCUCAGGCUGUCAACAAGAAAACGCUGUGAACAACUGUUAGCGUAGCUCAUACAAGAAGGGGAUCUGCCAGCGAGGGAUAAUCAGUUCACUGUCUAACUGCUCCGCUAAUAACUUUCUGGUUCCAGCUGCUGCCAUGUAUGUUAAAUUAAAUAUGAAUUAAAUAAUGUUUUGGUGUAUGACUGGUGUUUUGUUUGUUUGUUUUUUGGGGGGAACGACAUGCUCCAAGUUGUCUAAUAAAGAACAUGAAAACACAAAUUUAACAAGUGAAAACCAACCCUCCCAUAAACUGAAUGUUUCUGCUUUUGUUUCUCCAGCAGAUAUCUCAGCAUGCGUCAGUAAAAAAAACACAUGUUUGAAGACAGAAAAAAAAAGAGAGUAUUCCAUCUGUCUGCUUCAGUUUGAGGUGCUGGUUUUGUGCAUGCUGACUCACUGUCACGCCUCAUCUUGAACGCUCGGAUGGAUUAGAGUCAUUGUUUAGGCACUAUUACUACACACCUCCAAAUAUCUGCAGAAAACAGCCUUUGAAAAUAUUCAGCAUUAUUCAUGACUGGCAUAACAAAUUGACAAUUUUGUGGAUGAAUAUUAUCC